AUGAUAAUACUAGUUACCGUGAUACUAUGGUUGUUUGCAUGUAGCACAGUAAUAUCGCUCAUUAUACUUUUAGGAAAUGUUAAACUUUUAAGAGAAACUUGGGUUACAAGACUAAAAGAAAAAAUUCUAAAUUACAUCAAUUUAAUCAUUGAAGGUUGCAUAAUUAUAAAUGAAAAGUACUUUGAUAGAAAGUUAAGCAUCCUUAUCAAGUGGAUAGUACCAAUAUUAUAUCUUUCGAUUGUGUCAUUUUGCCUCUUGAAGUUCUUCCAAUAUACUUGGUACAUAUUGCCUCAAAAUAUUAUAACCAAUCCUUUGCAUCAGAUAUACAUUGCAUUUUCUAUUAUAGCCGUCUAUUUUACAUAUUUUAUGGCAACAUUUACUGACCCUGGAGUAAUAAGGUAUAAUAAUAUACUGAAGUAUGGAUCUAUGUUCAAAAGCAACGACUUGAUUUUCUUCCAAGAUCAAGUUUGUUCUACUUGCAAAUUCAUAAAGCCAGCGAGGUCUAAACAUUGUUCUACGUGCGACAAUUGCGUGGCUCUUUUUGAUCACCACUGUGUUUUUAUCAAUAAUUGUGUUGGCUACCGUAACUACGGCUUCUUUAUGAGUUUUCUACUAACAAAUAUUAACUUUUUGCUUUACGGCGGUUAUAUAUGUUUUAAAGCAUUGCAAAAUGUCAAAACAUCGGAGAUGAGUUACUGGAAUAUUAUUGCUCGAACGAAUGAAACAAAUAAGAUUACUGGAAUCUUGAUGUUUCUUGGGCUAAUUUUUAGUGUUGUAGUAACCGUAUUCACCGGUAUGCAUUUGAGAUAUAUAUAUUUGGGAAUCACUACAAAUGAGCUAGAAAAGUGGAAAGACAUUGAGCACUUAGUGAAGCUAGGCGUCUUGUAUGAAAUUUUAAAUUCACCAAUCAAUCAAGAGAGAUUUGUUGAAAAAUGCGUUUUGGAGGAUGAAACUUCUAGCAAAGUUGUUUUCAUAAGUUUAAAAGAUGAAAAAGUACUUUUCACGGAGGAUGACUUGCAUGAUCAUAAUAUAAGGGCAAUAAAGUCAGUGGAAGAUGACUUAAUCAAUAUUUAUGAUAGAGGAUUAUGGAACAAUAUCAAAGAAAGGAUGUUUCCAAGCUAUGCAGUCGAGGGUUCUUGA